AUUUUAUCUGACAAAAGUCGGUCAAUCAAGUUAGGUUUUGGGCGUUUACACAAUUCUUUGUUGAUUGGCCUUCUGUUUCUUCAAGAACCCACAAUACAUACGUACAUUGAGCGAGCAGAGCAACACAGACAACUAGCAAAGUUUGAAAAGCAAGAUCAAUGGGUGUGCCGGCGUUUUACAGGUGGUUGGCUGACCGGUACCCUAAAUCAAUAUCGGACGCCGUGGAGGAAGAAGCUGUCGAGGGAAACGAGGUUGAAUUGCUAAGGCCGAACCCUAACAACAUCGAGUUUGAUAACUUGUACCUGGACAUGAAUGGGAUUAUCCACCCCUGUUUUCACCCCGAAGGAAAGCCUGGUCCGGCUACAUAUGACGAAGUAUUUAAGUCAAUAUUUGACUACAUUGAUCAUCUCUUCUCAUUGGUGCGGCCUAGAAAAAUUCUGUACAUGGCAAUAGACGGUGUGGCUCCCAGAGCCAAAAUGAAUCAACAGAGGUCUCGCCGUUUUAGGGCUGCUAAAGAUGCCGCUGAAGCAGAAGCUGAAGAGGAGAGGUUGAGAAAUGAGUUUGAAGCUCAGGGAGCUGCACUUGCUCCUAAAGAGAAGCUUGAAACAUCUGAUUCAAAUGUCAUCACUCCUGGCACUCAGUUUAUGUCUGUGCUUUCUGUAGCUCUUCAGUAUUUUAUACAAUGUAGAUUGAAUCACAAUCCUGGUUGGCAGUAUACAAAGGUGAUUCUUUCCGACUCGAAUGUUCCUGGUGAGGGAGAGCACAAAGUAAUGUCGUUUAUUCGAUUACAGCGUAACCUUCCUGGUUUCAAUCCUAACACUCGACACUGCCUCUAUGGAUUGGAUGCAGAUCUUAUUAUGCUGGCUCUAGCCACUCAUGAGGUUCACUUCUCAAUAUUGAGGGAGGUGAUCACACUGCCUGGGCAGCAGGAGAAAUGUUUUCAAUGUGGAAAAGUAGGUCAUCUAGCUGCUGAGUGUCAUGGUUCUGCUGUGAAUGGGAAGGCUUUAAAGGAUAUCCCAAUUCACAAAAAGAAAUAUCAGUUCCUCAACAUCUGGGUGUUGCGAGAAUAUUUGCAAUAUGAUUUGGAGAUUCCGAGUCCUCCUUUUGAGGUCAACCUGGAAAGACUGGUGGAUGAUUUUGUUUUUCUCUGCUUUUUUGUGGGCAAUGACUUUCUUCCACAUAUGCCAACACUAGAGAUUCGAGAGGGUGCCAUAAAUCUGCUGAUGCAAAUCUAUAGAAGAGAGUUUGCUGCGAUGGGUGGUUAUCUUACUGACUCGGGAGAGGUCUUGCUGGACAGAGUUGAGCAUUUUAUUCAGGCAGUUGCAGUUCAUGAAGACCAAAUAUUUCAAAAGCGGGCCCGCAUACAGAAGUCAUACGAGUACAAUGAAGAGAUGAGACGUAAAGCAAGACAAGAGGUUGAUGAGGAGCCUCCGGCUCCAGUGGUGGACAAGGUCAAAUUGGGGGAACCUGGGUACAAGGAAAGGUAUUAUCGCGAGAAGUUAAAUGUGUCAGAUCCAAAGGAGGUUGAAGAGGUUAAGAGGGAAAUGGUAUUGCAUUAUGUGGAAGGAUUAUGCUGGGUUUGCCGAUAUUACUAUCAGGGCGUCUGUUCUUGGCUGUGGUAUUAUCCAUAUCAUUAUGCCCCAUUUGCCUCUGACCUUAAAGAUUUAGCUGAUUUGGAAAUUACUUUUUUCCUGGGAGAGCCAUUUAAACCCUUUGAUCAACUUAUGGGAACCCUGCCAGCUGCAAGUUCAAGUGCUCUACCUGACAAUUACAGAAAACUGAUGAAUGAUCCAUCAUCACCUAUAAUCGAGUUCUACCCUCUUGAUUUUGACAUCGACAUGAACGGAAAGCGUUUUUCAUGGCAGGGAGUAGCCAAAUUGCCAUUCAUUGACGAGAAGAAGCUACUCACUGAAACGAGAAAGCUCGAGGACACUUUAACAUUUGAAGAGCAAGCUCGGAAUCGUGUUUUGUGUGAUUUGUUAUACGUAUCUCCACGUAAUAGAUUGGCUCCACAAAUUUUCGCGUACUACAACUUUUUCAAUCAAAUGCACCCUAGUCAACGAUCGGCCUGGCCAGUUGACGUGAAUGCUAGUGAUGGAAUGAACGGAUAUUUGUGGUUGAGUGAGAGAAAUGGUUGCAGAUUGGUUCUUCCUUCCCCUAUCAGUGGCUUGGGGGAUCUUAUGGAAAACCGUGUCUUAAACGCUACUUAUUUAAAUCCACUUCCCCAUAGACACAUUCCAGAACCUCCGAAAGGCGUAGCCAUGCCAAAGAAGAUUCUGAAACCUUUUGACGUCAAACCGUUGCCUGUGUUAUGGCAUGAAGACAAUAGUGGUCGCCGCUCACAAGGCAGAGAUAGUAGGCCACAAGUACCGGGGGCAAUACAUGGAAAUGUGUUGGGAGAAGCCGCUCAUCGUCUCCUGAAAAACUCACUAAAUAUCAGAUCCAGUGGUUCGUCUUCAGGGUUCUUUGAGCAACCCCAGUACCAAAAUGGUCCAGGCAACAACCUGCAACAUAGGCCAAGACCAGCUGGACCUUCGGGCCACGGAAGGUAUUCUAAUGAAGAUCCAAACUUUUAUCACGGAUAUCCCAAUCCUCGAAGUGUAAUGCCUAGACCCAGAUUUGGGGUCUCCCCUCCUAAUCACAUGCAAGCCAAUAGACCGAAUUCAAACACAUAUCAAGACCAGUAUCAAGACCUCAGAAAUGGCAUGUCUGCUUUAACCAUGGAAAGUGGGACCAGAAACAGACAAUUUCCAGUUAGGAUGCCACAACUCCAGAACCUGAAUAACCAUAACCAUGGUCCCCUUCCAUCUCCACCAUCUACAUGGAUCAAUAGACUCCCCAUGGGAGCGGAUAUAGGUCCAUGGUCUUACCAAAAACAAGUAAAGAAUAUUUAUACAAUCAAGACUAGGGUUUCACAGAAUUCUGAUCCUGGAGUCUAGGGACCGUUUACCAACACAAACUGGGUAUGCGUUGACCGGGUGAAAGUCACCACCCUCACUUAAUGGGUAAGAUUCUCAGUCAGCAAAAUGGUCCAGUAAGAUUGUUGGUAAACACCAUCAUCUUUGACCUGGUAAGCGUCUCUUACCCGGUAAGAGGCAGUAAGUGUUCAGUAAAAAGCCUCUUAAAAGUGAUGGUGAUUUGUAUCUUGGUGUAACCAUGUGCUUGAUGUAAAAGUAUUCAAGAAAGUACCGUUCUCGCUACAGUGGCUUCGUGACAGUGCGAGCUUCAGUAGGUUAGAAACCUUUGAGGCUUGUUUUGUUGUAUAUUUCUUCGUGUAUAUGACAUGAUUAGUGACAUUUAUUGGAAGGAUAGAAAGAAGUGGUUCACUUGGUUCAGCAGCAUACCCCCUUAAGUAUUCACAUGGGGUUGCUGAUACAACACUGUAACAACUUGUUUUUAUUACCUCAUGAAAUUUCUUUAGCUUAAUUC